UGCCUGUCGUGUCACACCGAGGCGCCCGCCAUGAGCGCGCUGCCCCCGCUAGCCUCGACGCUGCCGCCUCCGCCCGAGACCCCCGAGGAGGAGGCGGGGGCGGCGGCGCUGGCGGACAAGCACUCGGGCGCCGAGGACAGCCCCGGCAGCAGCCCGGACAUCUUAAAGGGCUGGCUCUUCAAGUGGACCAACUACCUGAAGGGCUACCAACGCCGCUGGUUCGUGCUCAGCAACGGCCUCCUCUCCUACUACAGAAAUCAGGGGGAGAUGGCUUACAACUGUCGUGCAACCAUCAACUUGUCCACAGCUCAUUUUGACCGUGAGGAUUCCUGUAAUAUUUGGCUCUCCUAUGGGGGCAGGACCUAUCACCUAAAGGCCGGAUCAGAAGUGGAGAGGCAGCAGUGGCUGGGUGCUUUGGAAUUGGCGAGGGCCAAGGCUGUCCGCAUGAUGAGCACCCUGUCAGGAAAUCGGGAAUUGCAGUCAGUGCUCACAGGAGCACGGCAACAGAAUGGACUGAGGGCGGAGAUUAGGGGAGGCAGCAGUGGUUUGGCAGCAGCAGCUGAGAGAGCCUCGGAUAGUCAUCGGGCAGCCCCCAAACCUGAACCAGCCCCAAUCCAGGAGCCCCUCCCCGAUGACUCUGGUGAUGAGGAGGUCCCCAACCAUUCUGACAAGAGUGACCUGCAGAACACCUUAAGCAUUCUUUCGGGCAAGUUGGAUGACCUAAGCAUAUGCAAUGACCUUAUCUCAAAACAUGGAGCAGCUCUCCAGAGGUCGCUGAAUGAGCUGGAGAGCCUGAAAAUACCUGUCGAAAGUGGGGAGAAGCUAAAAGCAGUUAGUGAGCGGGCCACCCUAUUUCGGAUCACCUCCAAUGCUAUGAUCAAUGCUUGUCGGGACUUCUUGGAAAUAGCAGAAAUACACAGUCGGAAAUGGCAAAGAGCCCUACAAUAUGAGCAGGAGCAAAGGGUCCGCCUGGAAGAGACCAUCGAACAGUUAGCCAGACAGCAUAACAGCCUGGAACGCGCCUGCCGCGGGGCCCCCGCCAACCCCCAGUCUGAGAACCUCACCCAGGGUCCUGGGGACACCAAGAAAGACACAAGCCCAGCCCCUGUCCUCGGGGGGCUCUCGGGCUGGUGGCGGAGACGAGCACACACAAGACACAGACGAAUAUUCGGAAAGGCCUCCUGCAGGCGGGCAGGGGCCACAGGGGAGAUCAGUGACGAAGAUGAGGAUACAGAGUAUUUUGACGCCAUGGAAGAUUCGUCUUUCAUCACAGUAAUCACAGACCCAAAAGAAAACAGAUCUGCUGAAGGUGGGAAUGAGGAGAGCCCAGUGGAUGAGUGGAACGCUGAGGACCAUGUGUUUGGGAACGUCUCGCGCAAAGGGGGCAUCCCACCCAAAGUCAAGAGGAGGACACGCAUCCCUGACAAACCUAACUAUAACGUUAACCUCUGGAGCAUAAUGAAGAACUGUAUCGGCAAAGAGCUGUCCAAGAUCCCCAUGCCUGUGAAUUUUAAUGAGCCCCUGUCCAUGCUCCAGCGACUGACGGAGGACCUGGAGUACCACGAACUGCUGGACAAGGCCGUCAAGUGCGAGAACUCCACGGAGCAGAUGUGCUUCGUGGCCGCCUUCUCAGUGUCUUCCUACUCCACCACCGUCAACCGCAUAGCUAAGCCAUUCAAUCCCAUGCUGGGAGAGACGUAUGAGCUGGACCAGAUGGAAGAAAUGGGCUUCCGUUCCCUCUGUGAGCAGGUGAGCCACCACCCUCCUGCAGCUGCCCACCAUGUGUUCUCCAAAAAUGGCUGGACCCUGUGGCAGGAAAUCACCAUCUCCAGCAAGUUCCGGGGCAAAUAUCUCUCCAUUAUGCCACUAGGUGACAUUCACCUCGAAUUCCAUGCCAGCGGGAAUCAUUACAUCUGGCGGAAAAGUACCUCUACUGUGCACAAUAUCAUUGUGGGCAAGCUCUGGAUUGAUCAGACAGGAGACAUAGAGAUAAUUAACCAUAAGACAAAGGAUAAGUGUCUACUGAAGUUUACACCCUACAGCUACUUCUCAAAAGAUUACACCCGAAAGGUGACCGGGGUGGUGACAGAUAGCAAAGAGAAGGCCCAUUAUGUCCUGUCGGGCUCGUGGGAUGAGAAGAUGGAAUGCGCCAAGAUCAUCCAGAGCAGCCACAGCAGCCCCAGCACGGAGGGCAAACAGAAGAUGGUCUACCAGACCCUGCCGGCCAAGAUCCUGUGGAAGAAGUACCCUCUGCCGGAGAACGCCGAGAACAUGUAUUACUUCUCGGAGCUGGCCUUGAUCCUGAACGAGCCCGAAGAGGGCGUGGCCCCCACGGACAGCCGGUGGCGGCCGGACCAGCGCCUCAUGGAGAACGGCCAGUGGGACGAGGCCAAUGCCGAGAAACAGCGGCUGGAGGAGAAGCAGAGGAUGAUCCGCCGGAAGCGCCUCGAGUCCAGUGGCCAAGAGACGCUGGAAGAAGGGAAGGACGAGCUGUACAAGCCCCUGUGGUUCGAGAAGAAGCUGGACCCCUUCACUGGGGUGGAGGCCUAUGUCUACAAGGGAGGCUACUGGGAGGCGAAGGAGCAGCAGAACUGGGCCAUGUGCCCGGACAUCUUCUGAGCCGCGGCUCGGGCCCGCCCCUCUGCCGGUGGCCGGGAGCGGGCCGGGACAUAGAAACCCCAACCUACACGCGAAACGCAAAUACAACCCACGAGCAGACCAGGGAUUCAAACGUAUUUUUUUAUGCACUAAUGAAAAUCGCAUAUUGGAUCUCCCUUCCUUUUUUCCCCUCUUCUUCCUUUUUUUUUUUUUUUUUUUUUUUUUUUUUUUUUUUUUUUUUUUUGGCUGAGAGUGACUUUUUUGUUUUGUGGGAGCAGUUAGUCACUCAGUCAGGCUGGGAGGACCGGCGGCUCCCCCGACCUUUUAGCGCAGUGGACGUUCUGGCCUCCCGGGCUGACUGAGGCGCAGCCUUGGCAGACACUCAGGAGAGAGGUGGGGAGAGAGGAGGGCCCGGGCCUCCCGUGAGGACUGGGGUCCCCGGGGCUGUGCUUAGCCUCCCCUCUAGCUCCGAGGCGGGGUUCAUCCCAGAAAGACUGCCGUGGGAAACCCAGCUUCUCCGGGUGGCAGGGGCGCCCCGGGAUCCCAGGAGGAGAAGCCUUGGGAGCGCCUCAGCCCCCCCCACCCGAGGCACGCUCACUCAGGGCUCCCUAGGAAACCCCUUUUUUGGACUUUGUUUGAUUUUUAAACUGUUGAUCUCCAUUUCUUUCCAGCCGUGAUGUUUAGUAAAUAUUUUUAGUACAGCACUUAUCAGACAGUUUUUCCAAGUGUCCUUUCUUGCCCCAGAAGUGUCCAGGCAAAGACAUCACUUCUAAGCUAUCAGGAAGCUGCAAGUCUUUAGUGUUGUUUAUUGUCUCAGAGAGCAAGGAGUCAGCUUGUGCUUCCGGAGGGAAGCUCCCAUCCACCCCUCAGAUGCCCUUCCACAGCCGCUCCGGGGCUGUUCAUCUUGGUGCUCCCCAAACCUCUGGCACACAGGCCGCUUCCCCCUUCCUCCACCCUUCCUGGCCCAGGCCGAGCCAGAGCCCUGAGGGUUCCGGCAAGCGGGGGCUUUGGACCCCUCCCCAGAUUGUCGGGAGCGGCCCCUUGUCCCCAGAGCUGACCAGGCUGAGCAGUGGGUGUGGUGGAGGGGCCUCUGGGCUCUGGGGACCAUAGCAGCCCCGAGAGUGCGAUGCAGUGAGUUCCAGAAAUCAGAGCUGGGAGCCAGCGUCUUUGUGGGCCCCAGUGGCAGCGGCAUUGAGCUUGCCCAGGAUCCCCCGGGAGCCUCCCAGCAGGCUCCACUGGAAAGUUGGAGUCUGGUUCUUCCAUCCCGAGAGAGAAAUGCCCCUCAGAAGUCCCAGCAGCAGGAAGCUGAACCAUGAAUAACAGACAGAAAGCCCUUUCCCACUGUCCUGGCAGGGGUCUCCAGUGCAAUAUCCCCCCCUCCCUUCUGAAUCUGAGCCAGCUACUCCAGCCCCUCCCCCGAUCAACCAGAGGAGCUCUUCUCAAGUAAAGAGGACACAAGUUGGCAGAGUUUGCCGCUCCCUCCCUCUCCCCUCACCCUAUGUGGCUCUGGGGGGCUGCUUAGCAUCUAGAGGCCCAGAGGGUCCUCAUGUGCUCCGCUGAGCAGACUAUACAAGCAGCAUUCUCCCAGCUCCACAGCCCAGGCUUCUUUGUAUUUUCUUCCCGCUCCCUUCCCCCAGGCUCUCCCUGUCAGUCACUGGCCCAGAAUGGGGUCUCAGGAGGCUGGCUGCAAGACACGCUCUUUCACUGUGACCACCAGGGAGCCCCUCGUGGGGGGGGAUCGCAGGGCCUGCCUCUCCCAGUUAGACUGUGCCCCUCUCUGCCUCAGUUUCUCCACUUGGGAAAUGGGGGCCAGGGCCCCCUUCAGUGGCCGUGUGUGGUACUAGAGAGAGGCCCCCAAAGCCAGAAAGUCCCACCCCUACCUCCUGCUGGCUGCACGACUGGACAAGUGGUUUCACUUCUCAGGACUCUAGACCAGUCCCUGAGACAGUAGUUGCCGAGAAUGGUGGAGGGAGUUCUCUCUACUGAAGUCAUCCCAGGUCCCGACUCCUCCUUAACUCUCCACACCAACAUUCCCUAAAAUAAGGACCCACGAAGGAGAAGCGAGCACCUUAGCCACCAUCACCCACGAACCCUAGAAGGUCGUCCUCUUGUGGGGAAGACGAGGCCUGCAGGCAGCCACCCCCGAGCCAGAGGAGCCCCCCCCCCAGGGGCCAGCUGGGGGCUGGAGGUGGGCGCAUCUGAAAGCUGGACUCCGCAACGCCCGGGCCCAGGAGGCCCAGAACCGCCGCGCUGGCUCCGGGCGGACGCCUCUCCUCGGUCCGAACCGGGAGGCGGAAAUCGGCCACAGCGAGCUGGCUGCGCGGCGGACGGAGCCGGGGCCGCGGACCCCCGGGGCGAGCAGACAUCUCGCACUGAAGACGCCAUCUUGGCGGCAGAGACUGGAUACGUGGGUGUGUCGUGAAUGCCAGUGCCCUCUGAUCUUGUGUUUGUUGGCUCCUGAUUUAUAAAUAAGACUUAUGUACAGAUACAGAUAGAUCUCUAUAUUUGACCUCCAUAGACGUUGGUUUCUAUAGUAACGGGAAAUGAUGACGACAGGUGUCUCUGUCUGAGUUUUGCUUAUACAAUAAAUGUGCUGCUGAGUUUCUUUCUGUCA